UAGCUUUAGGCUCCCUUUGUAGUUCUUCACACACGGCCUCCUCAUUGAAGACAAUUCCAAUUUUCUCCUCAAGUCCUGGAGAAAAUGGCAGUGGCGGGCGAUGGCCGGAUUUCCCUCUCAGCUGCUGCCCGGCUGCGUGGUGCGACAGGGUUGGCUGGGAGGAACUGGGGCCUUGUAAAGUUUUGUAAUGGAGAAAUGAUGGGGAAGAAGAUGAAGGUGAAGCUGACACAGUUUCAGAAAGGAAGUGGUAGUGGCAGUAACAACGUUAAGCAACAUGUUUGCAUGUCUCUGACCGCUAAUGUAGCAGGCGAGUCGAAGUUGAGGGACCUAGAGAUGGAAAAGCGGGACGCACGGACCGUUGUGGCAAUUAUACUGGGAGGAGGAGCAGGCACCCGCCUUUUCCCACUCACCAAGCGCCGUGCAAAACCUGCUGUUCCCAUUGGAGGAUCAUACAGGCUGAUUGAUGUGCCUAUGAGCAACUGCAUCAACUGUGGGAUCAAAAAAGUCUACAUUCUCACUCAGUUCAACUCAGCAUCACUCAACAGGCAUAUUUCGCGCGCUUACAACUUUGGCAGUGGAGUCACCUUCGGAGACGGCUUUUGUGAGGUUCUCGCUGCCACUCAAACUCCAGGGGAGGCUGGUAAAAAGUGGUUUCAGGGCACUGCAGAUGCUGUACGACAGUUCCAUUGGCUUUUUGAGGAUGCAAGGAGUAAGGAGAUUGAGGAUGUGCUGAUCCUUUCAGGGGAUCACUUAUAUAGGAUGGACUACAUGGACUUUGUUCAAAAUCAUCGGCAGAGUGGUGCAGAUAUCUCCAUCUCUUCUCUACCAAUGGAUAACAGCCGUGCUUCAGAUUUUGGUCUAAUGAAGAUAGACAACAAAGGAAGGGUCCUUUCAUUCAGUGAAAAGCCUAAAGGAGACGACCUCAAGGCAAUGGAAGUGGAUACAACGGUUUUGGGACUGUCAAGGGAAGAGGCCCAAAAGAAACCAUACAUUGCCUCCAUGGGAGUGUAUCUCUUCAAGAAGGAGAUUCUUCUGAAUCUUUUGAGAUGGCGAUUUCCCACUGCAAAUGACUUUGGUUCAGAGAUAAUCCCUGCCUCAGCCAGAGAGUUCUUCAUAAAGGCUUAUCUUUUCAAUGAUUAUUGGGAAGACAUAGGGACCAUCAGAUCCUUCUUUGAGGCAAAUCUUGCCCUCACAAAGCAUCCACCAAGGUUUAGUUUUUAUGAUGCAGCAAAGCCGAUGUUUACAUCAAGAAGAAACUUACCGCCAACAAAAAUUGAUAGUAGCAAGAUAGUUGACUCGAUCAUAUCACAUGGAAGUUUCUUAACCAACUGCUUCAUUGAGCAUAGUGUUGUUGGUAUCAGAUCCCGAAUAAACUCUAAUGUUCAUUUGAAGGAUACAGUGAUGCUUGGAGCUGACUUCUAUGAAACAGAUGCUGAAGUGGCAUCACUUUUAGCUGAAGGAGGAGUUCGAGUGGGAAUAGGAGAAAAUACAAAAAUCAAAGACUGCAUCAUUGACAAAAACGCCAGAAUUGGGAAGAAUGUUGUUAUUGCAAACUCAGAGGGCAUAAAAGAGGCUGAUAGAUCUUCUGAAGGGUUUUACAUCCGUUCUGGUAUUACUAUCAUAUCAAAAAAUUCAGUAAUCACAGACGGUUUUGUGAUAUAAUAUAUCUGUCAAUUUUCUAAGUCUUUUUUUUUGAGUGAUCAGGAUGGUAAUCAUGAAAAAUGAUAACAAAAUGAGUCAUUAUGUUUACUGUAUCAAUGUAACGAAGACGAAGAUCAAAUUUAUGUAUGAUGCGGAUGUGCACAAUCCUUUACUGUGAUAGCCAUCCAUUUGUGAUA